AUACGGAAAGCAUAAUACAUCACGUACAUAAAGCAUUCGUUUGUUAAAUUUACCAAUGUGCAAAAAACUCUACAAAAGCAAAUUUUUUUCGCGUUGGCAACACUGUUCAAAAAAUCGACACAGCAAUGUUUUGACUUUUAUUGUCAAAACAAGUUCAUAUACCGUGGUUUAAACACGUGCCGUUUUAAACCUUUUCGAAAUUUCCUAUUUCUGUGUAAAAUAAAUAUAUUUUUUGGUUAAAAAUAUAAAAACAAUAUAUAAAAAUGCCCAAAGUACGCAGUACAUCGGGCCCACCCCGUAAACAAACUUUUAACCGCUCCAAUCAUUCCAUGAAUCCGGAGCGGUUAAAAUCCGAUCUGAAAGGAGUUGCGAAUCCUCGGUCACAAGCAACAAUAAAACGUUUGCAAAUGUACCGAAAUUUUAAAGCAAAACGUGAUCGUAGAGGCAAAAUCAUAACACCGGCUCCAUUUCAGGGACGAUUAGCCCCUGGCACUAUGGCACGUGUAGAACCUACACCAAAAUGGUUUAGUAAUUCGCGUGUUAUAACACAAAAUGCAUUACAAAAGUUUCAAGAUGAAAUUGGUAAAGCAUUGAAAGAUCCCUAUCAAGUUGUGUUGAAACCGUCGCAAUUGCCUAUAACACUUUUAAAUGAAACUGCUAAAUAUCAACGAGUGCAUUUGCUGGAUACAGAAAGUUUUGAUAGUGUAUUUGGACCGAAAAAGCAAAGGAAACGCGUCAAUGUGAAGGCACGAGAUCUGGAAGAUUUAACGCGUAAUGCAGAUGCACAAGCUGAAAAAUAUGACGAAACAAAAGAUGUAGAUUUAGUACGUGAGGAUACUGGUGAAAAGGCUGCUGUUAGAGAUUGGGUAUUUGCUGCUGGUCAAAGUAAACGUAUUUGGAAUGAACUGCAUAAGGUAGUGGAUGCUUCAGAUGUGCUACUGCAAGUGCUUGAUGCACGUGAUCCGCUUGGUACACGCUGUAAAUAUAUAGAGGAAUUCAUACGCAAAGAAAAGCCACACAAACAUGUUUUCCUCAUAUUGAACAAAGUUGAUUUGGUGCCUGUGUGGGUGACACAACGUUGGGUAGCUAUACUAAGUGCAGAAUAUCCCACUAUUGCGUUUCAUGCCUCAAUGCAACAUCCUUUUGGAAAAGGUGCGCUGAUAAAUUUAUUCCGUCAAUUGGGUAAACUGCAUGUAGACAAAAAACAAAUAAGCGUUGGUUUUAUUGGUUAUCCAAACGUUGGUAAAUCUUCUGUUAUUAAUACUUUGCGUUCGAAAAAAGUCUGUAAUGUGGCGCCUAUUGCUGGCGAAACUAAAGUUUGGCAGUAUAUUACAUUAAUGAAGCGUGUAUUCUUAAUUGAUUGCCCAGGUGUGGUAUAUCCUUCAGCUGAAACUGAUACUGAAAAAGUACUAAAAGGUGUUGUGCGAGUUGAGCUAGUAACAAAUCCAGAAGACUAUGUGGAGACAGUGUUGCAACGUGUACGUAAGGAAUAUAUACGAAGAACAUAUAAAAUUAAAAGUUGGACAACUUCUUUGGAUUUCCUGGAGCAGUUGGCUAAAAAAAGUGGUAAACUUUUAAAAGGUGGAGAACCUGAUAUCACAGUUAUAUCACGUAUGGUACUAAAUGACUGGCAACGUGGUAAAUUACCUUUUUAUGUAGCGCCAGAAGGUUAUGAAAAUCCAUUAACAAAAGAACCUACAAAUGCUGCUACAGACACAACAACAACUACAUCAACAACAACAACUACUACGUCAACAACAGCAACAAAUGAUGCUACAAUAGGAAGUGAUAAUGCCACAAUAGAGAAUGAUGAUGCCAAGUCAGAUGCAGAAACUUUUGUUAGUGAAUCGGUUAAGAAAGCACGAGAAUUUAAGCAAUUGCAAGAUUUUCGUAAAAUUAAAGUUGGCUUGGAGUUUGAACAAGAAGAUAUACGUGAAUUGGAUGCUAUUGAUAUGGAAUUGCUGGAACAACAAAAACAAGAACGCCUUGAACGUAAAAAGAAACGAGUGCUGAAAUCUGAUGAAGAGGAAUCUAGUGAUGGUGCUAGCGAAUUUUAUUCAGAAGAUGAAUAUGAUGAAAAUUUGGAACGUGUUAUACAUAAAAAAUCAAAUGCUGCACGUACGCUACCGACUGUGGCAUUAACUGCUUCUGGUAAAUUUAAAAUUGAACCUAACGAAAACGAUGAUGAUGAUGAUGAUGAUGGAGGACCAUCGAAGAAAAAACGCUUAACCGCUAAGGAAAGACGCGCCAUUGAACGAAGUCAGAAGCGUAAAAAAAUUGGCACAAACUUUUAUGAAGUUUCAAAUGUUAAGAACCGUAACCGUAAUAAGAAGAACAAUACGUAGUUCCCAAACUGUUUUGUUUGUUUAGUGUUCGUUUUAUAAAUAUAC